CUAGGCAGCUGUGUUCUGGCCUCCGGAGGAAACUUUAGGAGAAGCCAAGGCAGAGACACAUGUAUUCUGCCUCAUCUCUGCCCCUCUGUACCCAGCAUUGAUCUGCCCUCCUCUGUUUCUCUGUUGCAGUAACGGCCUGGAUGCAGAAUGGUCUUGCCCCUUGGAGUUUACAGCUGGAAAGUGGGACAGCAGAGAAUCCUCUGGGGAAGAAUCUUUUUCACAGCCCUAGGAAAGGGAGAUCAGUGCUAGGUGGGAAAUGUGCGGAAGGGAUGUCGACGGGUCACCCAACACUAGGGUUCCUCCAGGAAGGAAGGCCUUCAUGGCUAUGCUGACUUCACGCUCACUAGGUGCAGGCGUUGUUCCAGGCUGGGCUGCCGCUCCUCCUGCUAUGAUGCCUGGGCAGAUUCCAGACCCUUCCGUGACUGCGGGCUCUCUGCCAGGGCUCGGCCCCCUGACCGGACUCCCCAGCUCGGCCCUGACAGCGGAGGAGCUGAAGUACGCCGACAUCCGCAACAUUGGGGCCAUGAUCGCCCCUUUGCACUUUCUGGAGGUGAAACUGGGCAAGAGGCCCCAACCCGUGAAAAGUGAGGAAUCUGAGCGGCUGGAACUCAUGAAUGCGGAGCUGAAGACCCAGAUCGAGGAGCUGAAGCAGGAGCGACAGCAGCUCAUUCUGAUGCUGAACCGGCAUCGCCCCACCUGCAUCGUCCGGACGGACAGCGUCAAGACCCCCGAAUCAGAAGGGAACCCGCUGUUGGAGCAGCUAGAGAAGAAGUGACCAUGGGCUGGGAGAAGGAAGAGGAGGAAGAGGAGGAGGAGGAGGAGGAGGAUUUGGGAAGAGGGGGGAGGACGAGGGGUCCCAGAGGGCCCUUCCUUGCUGCAUGACAAACUUUACAAUGAGGCUCAGCACAGCCAGCGCUGGCCGGGCUUUUUUGUGAAACUCACAUCAGCCACACAAGGGGAAGAACGGGCUGACGAAACCUAGAAGGACCAAGCGCUGAGACCAAAGUAGACCCACGGUGGGGCUGUCCUGCCUGGGGCCCAGCUGGAAGGAGGCAGGACAGAGGCCCCCAGCCAGAGAGACACCCAACCAAAUGGCCUCUCCACCAGGGCACCCACCGAGGGACCUCGGAGCAGCCAGGAAAAGCCAUGAGUUGCAAACAAACAUGCGGCUGGGGAUGGAACUGAGUGGGACCACAGCCUGCCUGCCCCCAGCCCUGCCCCCCCUGACCCUGAUGCCAGGCUGGAGCGGGCGCCACGUGGGGCCCAGCCAUACCUGCCCCCGUGGGUCCAGCGCGGCCUUGCCCGGGAGCGGCAGCCGGGGCGCGCCCUCAACGGCCCCGCUGGAGUCUGCUGUGGGCACGAGGCGCGGGCGCCCUUCCAAAGCACAUACUCACUGAAUGUUUACAGACUGGCUGUCCUGGCAGGGCUUUUCAACUGCACAUGUUUUUUUAUACUUUCUUUUUUUUUUUUUUUUUUUUUUAAUAUUUUUUACAAAAAAAAAAAAGAUUUUAUACAAGCAAUAUAUAUAUGGAUUUCUAUAAUCACUCGAUGUGAUAUAGUAUAAAUAUGCUAUGGUUUGUUUGUUACGAACAGAUAUCCAGCAGUUAUGGCCGUCGUGUGUAACUCCUAAGUACUGUAGUAGUCUCUGGGUGUCGGGGUGGCAGGGGCGGGCAUGGGGUGCGUUUCCAUCCUGGUAAAUCCUUCACAGUACUCAGUCCUGUAUCGCUCAGUAAACGUUACUCUUACUUA